AUGGGUGCCAAUGAAUCAGCGGCUGGAGACGAUAUCAUUAACCAAGAGGCCCAUCACUGGUACACCAAAUUUAUGAAAGAGUGUCCAUCAGGUCAGCUGAGCCUGCAUGAAUUCAAAGCACUUCUGGGUCUGCAUGGUUUGAAUCCACAGGCAAAUCAUUAUGUCGAUCAAGUGUUCAAUACUUUUGACUUGAACAAGGAUGGAUUUAUUGACUUUUUGGAGUUUAUAGCUGCAAUAAAUCUGGUCAUACGAGGGAAAAUUGACCAAAAGCUGAAAUGGUAUUUUAAGCUAUAUGAUGCUGAUGGGAAUGGAACUAUUGACAAAAGAGAACUCGUAAGCAUAUUCUCGGCUAUUCAAGCUAUCAAUGGCAACCAAGAGAUGUCUCCUGAAGCCUUCACAAAUAUGGUAUUCCAGAAGAUAGAUGUAAACAAUGAUGGGGAACUGACUUUAGAAGAGUUCAUCAAUGGAGUGGAAAGUGAUGAACAACUCCUGGAAAUGAUUUCAAAGAGCUUUGACCUUUCCAAUGUUCUGAAAAUUAUACAAAGUGGGAGAAGACACAGUGUCUAA